UACCAAACAAAAAUCUACGCCGCUUCUGCGCAUGGCAUUGUCUGAUGUCAGCUGGAUUGUGUUUACAAAACAAAAUCGACACAAAUUUGUUUACCUCCGCUUCUUUGCAUCCAACCCAACUGGCACAACCAGUCCUUUGUGACCGUUCUGCGUGUAGAUUGCGUGUCUCAUUAAUACAAAUAUUUCCGUUGUAAUUAGUUCUAAUUGAUUCAAUUGUUUUGCACAGUUAUUUUCCAGCAACGCAGAACAACCUCUCCGCGCCAUUAGUUAGUAUGGAUAAAAGUGCAGCACGGGACAAACGUCGCAAGGACAAGCACCACAAGAAGCCACCUCCGGCCAAACCUGCUUCCGGCGGGGCAUCAACUAAACCCCCAAAAGAGACCCCACCUAUCCCCAGUUCAGCGCCGUUGAUAGUGUGUGACGUGAAUAACUUCUCGCGCCGGCCAAUCGAAUCCAACUGGAACAGCGGCAAGGAUCUCCCUUCCUCGGGGGGAAGCGACUCCGAAGACGAGCAACUGCGGGCUGCCGAUUUCGAGAAGCUUCUGCAGAUGCCCCCGUCCGUCAGUGGCCAUUUGUUCCUCAGCACCGAAAAGCACUGGCUUAGUGAGAGCGAGGAAGGCAUCAAGACCGGGCAGCACUUCCAGAUCGACACCAAGCAGCUGACGGCCAGUUUGGCAUCGAUUCCGUUUUACGAGCGGAACGACUAUCCGAGCGAGCUGUUCUCCAAGCAGGAAAUCGAUUCCAUGAAAUUGAAAGCUCAAUACGAAGCGAAAAAGUACGACGAACUUUGUCAACGGUCGAAAACAACGUCCGGAAAGAUGGCGGAUAAACCGAAACCACCGGUCAAGUGCCUUAUUGGAGCAGGGUCGCUUCCUCCCCAACCGGAGAGAGUUCAGAAGGCCAGGCCGGAAGUGGAACAUCCGCCUCCUCCUCCUCCUCCCCGGCCGGUGCCAUGUUUGAUUGGUCCGAUGGCGUUGCCACCGGAACUGAGGAAUGAACCCAACGUGACUGGAGGAACCGCACGGCUGUCGGAACGACUUGGGGAGGGGAGUUUAGCAGACGGUUGCGAACCCGUUCCUAUUGGGAAUGUUAAUGAGCAACAAGCUGGGCGAUCGAGCUCGUCUGGGGAUGGGAAACGAGUGAAUGAUCAGAGUAAUUUGGGAGGUAAAUCGAAAGACGAGGUCCAGAAGGAGACAAAGGAAGAUAUUCAACAGUGGCUUGGCGAUAUUUUGGAUAUGUAAGUACAUAUGUAAUUUUAUUAUUAAAUGUUUGUUGAAAAAUUUUAUGAAUUCUCUGGAAAGAACUUGCCUUGGUGUU